AUGAAGAAAGCGAUGCGAAUACUCAGUGCCGUUGUGCUGCUUCUUCUCGGUGUCACUCAUGGGAAACAUCAUCUUCAUCCAAGAGUGCCGAUCAUCAAUUUGCACGCUGCCGAACAAUUGACGGCGACGAUUCGCGAAGAUGAAAAUGUUCUCUCGACGGUUCCCGAUUUGGGCAUUCUCCCUGAUACUGGCCCGAUUUGUCGCUACGAAGUGACAUCACCAAAAGCCGGAGUGGUUGUGCCAUUCGAUGUGCAAAUUGUCGAUCAGCUCACCGGAUCGGCGGUUAUCAAAGUCAAGGAUUCUCUCGCUCUCGACUGUAAACAAGCCGAGUACAAUCUGACAGUGACGGCGAUUCGUUGCGGAAGUGAUGGAGCCAAAUCCGAGGGUGUUCCCCUUCGUGUCACCGUAAAGGACACAAAUAAUCAUGCGCCAGAAUUCGCUCAACCAUGGUAUGCAUUCACCGUCGAUGAAGGUCGUCUUUACAAUGAGAUCACCCAAUUGACAGCCACUGACGCCGAUUGUGGACAUCCGUUUGGAGAGGUGUGCGAGUAUGAGAUCACAAAUGGUUUGGACAACUUCCCGUUCGCUGUCUCGAAUCAGGGAGUCCUGCGGAACACUCGUCCACUCAACGCAACCCUCGCUCGAUCCUACAUUUUGACCAUUGUCGCUCAUGAUUGUGGAAUGAAAAGAUCGAAAAGUGUUUUGGUGACAAUCAAUGUCAAAGAGUCAUGUGUCGAAGGAGUGAGCAAUAUGCCGGAAAGAAUCAGUUACACUCCCGGAAGUGGAGCGAGAACACUUUUCCCUGAUGCACAAACACAUUCAUGUCAAACGGCAACCGAUUGUGAGAUCGUUCAAGCGACAGCUGUUGUCGAGUUGAAAAUGGCUCAUGUUAGUGGGGGAUGUUCACGACAAAAUGUCUUCGGAAAUGAUAAUAUUAAAAAUUGUGGCCUCUCUCAGCAACAUGUUUCCCUUUUGCCAAGCGGCGAUAAAGCCGAAUCGAGCAGCUCUGAGGAAUCGAGUGAAGAAAAUGAGGUGAUCUCUGAGAAAGAAAAAUACACUUUCGAUGGCCGAACCAAUGCGAUAAUUGUACCUGAAACGAGUGUCAAAGCUCUAAUCCCCGACAAAUUCACUCUUUCAUUCACGAUGAAACACGAGCGCGGAACGAAAGAUGAACAAAACAAUAAGCAGAAUAUCCUUUGCGAGAGCGAUGAUUUCAAUAUGAAUCGUCACCAUUUCUCUGUCUACAUCAGGCACUGUAAAUUGGAGGUUGUCCUCCGCCGUGAAUCAGGAGCCGCCGCCGAGUUUCGCGCCGCUGAAUGGAGAUGGGCGUUGCCUGAGGUUUGUGAUGGGGAAUGGCAUUCGUACACUCUUCUUUUCAAUGGAGUCGAUGAUGUGAAUAUGAUGAUCGAUGGAAAGGGAUAUCGUCAUGAUGAGCGAAACCCGGAGAUUUUGGACGAUUGGCCACUUCAUCAAACGAAACAACAGAAAACCCGUCUUGUUGUUGGUGCGUGCUGGCACGGACGACAGCAACAAAUGGCACAAUUCUUCCACGGAAAAAUCUCGAACAUGCAUCUUUUGGUGAAUCAAGUUGAAUCGGAAGAAGCACUCGCUUGUGCACAUCGAUGUCCCGAACAAUUGACGUUCAGUGGAUCCGAUGAAUUGACCGAUGGAGAGUCAGCCACUCUCGACCCCGAGCAAUCGUCUCUUAAACUAAACGCCUCUUCUACGCAAUCUCUUUCCCGGAUGCUUCAACGUGUCGCCUAUGUGAAUAGCCGAGAAAAUCCUGUACAAGGACAUCGACAAAUCGCUGUCACUCCACAAAUCACAUGCAAACAAGGAAAAAAAAUCGAGCUACCCACUUAUAAAUCGUAUCUCUUUGUGCAAAAACAAGCCGAACCAGAGCUGUCAAUCUCUGGAGAUUCCCUCGUCGCAGCAAAUCAGCACUCGUUGAAAACCGGAAUGCCAAUGUUGCCGAACAUUAAGAUCACUGUAUCGCAGACUGGAAUUGACGGAGAGGUCAAUGAGAUCACGGGAGCGAAACUCGACUGGUGCCAGGUUCAUCUCAAGCCAUCACGCGACAAGGACUUGGAAUAUUUCUCUUCGCCUGCUUCCAUCAUUGCAAGCAUGAAAAUCGAUUUUGAACACGACAAAGAGGGCAUUUUUCUGAGAGGCGAGGAAUCGGUGAAAGAAUAUGUGGAAGUGUUGAGCAAGGUUCAUUAUUUCAACACUCGUCCAGAGAGCUACCCGAAGAGGAUUUACAGUGUACAGUGUGCGAUGGCGAAGGGACGCGUGAAAUCCAAUGAAUUCCUCGUUACGAUGUCAAUCGAGGCUCCGAAAGUCGUUUUGCCAACCGAAUCACCCGAGUUACACACCGCUCCAACACUUGAUGUCAUUGAAAAGCAUUUCGAGCCAUCAUUCGAUCAAUUGGGCGCAUCGAGAUUGCAGAAUAUUUUGGAGAUGGAUUUACCCCGACCAAAAGCCCUUCUUUCACAUCAUGGAUACGAUAUGGGACAAGGAGCGGUGGCUGGUGGAGCUGUUGCUGUGGUUGUGGUUGUUUGUGUCGGUUUCCUUUUGGUUCUUCUCGUUAUUGGAGUGUUGAAGAUGAGAGAUACACCAAUCCCAAAAAGACAUCCAAGAAGACAAAAGAAAAAUGAACCGGGGAUGCAAUGGGACGAUGAGGGCAUGAAUAUCACAGUGAAUCCAAUGGAAGAUGUGGAGAAAAAUGGAGGAGAAACGAUUACUGAAGGAUAUUCGGAUGAUGAAGAAGAGAGUGAUCAAGAGAGUGAGUGCUCUUUCCACGAUGAUGAGGAGAUGAGCGAAGAUGAUGAUGUUGAGGCUGAGGUGCUACCCCAUAGUGAGAAUCGCGGUCAAAAUGGACUCGAGUGGGACGACGAGACAAUUGCAACCACCCGUUCAUACAGAGUC